AUGCAGCUCAUUCGAUCGUCACAUUUGCCCGAAUCCUCUUCGAAACAGCUAAGCGGGCCGUUCACUGGAUCAGUUUACUUUGAUCCAAUUUUCUUUUCGAAAGACGGUACCGCAUGUGGCAACGUCAGCUUCGCACCCGGCGCUCGAUCAUACUGGCAUAUCCACGAAAAAGGCCAAAUAUUAACGGUUAUUGCUGGGACUGGACUUAUAUGUUCUGAAGGUCAGGAGCCUAGAAGAUUACAGGUUGGAGAUGUAGUCCAUAUUCCAGGCGGAGAAAAGCAUUGGCAUGGUGCUACUGGAAAUACGGUUAUGGUUCAUACAGCAAUUUCGUUAGGUGAUUGCAAAUGGCAUGAGGAGGUAUCUGAGCCCGACUACGAGAAGGCAAACCAAAGCGCUAUCUGA